AUGAGGUUUGAAUAUAUUGUGAGCUUCGGCCUGUUGCUGGCCACUUCGGUAGCAAAUGACUCUCUUGAAGAUGCGAGUGCGCUUGCAUCAACCGAUUCCAAUGUUGUGACAAAGCCCAACUUUCUCUUCAUCAUGACAGAUGAUCAAGAUCUCAAGCUCAACUCGCUGAGUUAUACACCGUUGACCAUGAAGCACAUGGCGAAAAAGGGUACCACUUUUUCCAAUCAUUUUAUUACAACGGCCUUGUGUUGCCCAUCUCGUGUCAGCUUGCUCACUGGUCGUCUGUCACACAAUACCAAUGUCACGGAUGUGAAUCCACCGUGGGGCGGAUAUCCAAAGUUCAUUGCUCAGGGGUUCAAUGAUAACUAUCUACCGGUCUGGCUGCAACAAGCAGGAUAUGAUACAUAUUACACGGGCAAAUUGAUGAAUUCGCACUCAUUGGAAUACUACAACAAACCACACGCUGCUGGCUUCAAUGGUUCUGACUUUGUCUUGGACCCCUAUACCUAUGACUAUAUGAAUGCAACCUAUCAGCGGAAUCAUGAUCAACCUGUCAGUUACCUAGGUCGUCAUACCACAGAGGUUCUGCGGGAGAAGUCAUUAGGCUUUUUGAACGAUGCUUUGGCUGGAGAACGACCCUUUUUUCUUACUGUCACACCCAUUGCUCCUCACUCGAAUAUGAAUGGAACGUACGGAGGUGGCGCUGGACCCCUAUGGAUGGAUGAACCUAUCCCAGAAGAACGCCAUAAACAUCUUUUCCCGGAUGCGAAGGUUCCUCGAACCGCUAACUUCAACCCAAAAGAGCCAACUGGUGUGAGCUGGAUUCACGAUCUUCCGUAUCGAAACCAGUCUGUAGUGGACUACAAUGACCACUACUAUCGCCAACGGCUUCGAGCACUUCAAGGCGUUGAUGAACUAGUUGAUAAUCUGAUCACACGUCUUGAGCAAUCAGGAAAGAUUAACAAUACCUUCAUUAUCUACACCUCGGACAACGGAUUCCACAUUUCCCAGCAUAGGUUGCCUCCAGGAAAGACCUGCGGUUUUGAGGAAGAUAUCCGGGUUCCUUUUAUGAUCCGUGGGCCUGGAAUUCUAGAGAACCAUAUCGACGAAACUAUUACUACACAUAUCGAUAUCGCCCCAACUCUGUUCGAGCUCGCCGGUCUCCCCCUAAGAUCCGACUUUGAUGGUACUCCUAUGCCAACCUCCAAACCCAAUGAAGAGGCCCAUGAGCAUGUUACAGUUGAGUUCUGGGGACGUGGAAUGCUCGAAGGAGGCCUAUCAAAUCUCGGUGUUCCCACUGUGCCCAAUAAUACCUAUAAGGCUGUUCGUGUCCUUGCAGAUGAGUACAACCUCUUCUUUUCAGUGUGGUGCAACAAUGAGCAUGAGCUCUAUGACUUAACCGCGGAUCCUUACCAGGUAAAUAACCUGUGGAAGAAGGAUCUUGAGGAGAUUGAAGUACUUGGUUAUGCGAUGUCGGAGGUCGUCCCAAGACUUGAUGCACUUCUCAUGGUGUUGAAGUCAUGUAGAGGCUCCGAAUGUGUCAAGCCAUGGGGUACUCUACAUCCGGAUGGCUCGGUUACGAGUCUAAAGGGUGCAUUGGACCCGAAGUUUAACUCUUUUUAUCAUUCACAACCCAAGGUUUCCUUUGAUCGUUGUGUAUAUGGUUAUGAGAUUGAUGCUGAAGGACCCCAGGAGGCAUUCGCUUAUAAAGAUGGAUACAGCUUGGAAUCUUGGGUCUGA